UGGAUUGUCGAAUUUACAAUAAUCAAAAAACUCUUAUAACGGAAAAAGCCCACGAAUGCAGCCAACAUUGCCACAAGCCGCUGGGACAGCCGAUAUGGAUCUGACGGCUGUUCAAUCAAUCAACGAUUGGUUUUUCAAAAAGGAGCAAAUUUAUUUAUUGGCACAAUUUUGGCAACAGCGCGCUACUCUAGCCGAGAAGGAAGUGAACACACUCAAAGAGCAACUAUCCACAAAUACACCCGGCAGCAACAGCGACAACAGCAGCAGCAAUAACGAUAGCAGCAAUUUAAUUACUAGCAGCAACACAAAUAUCGAAACAACAGCAGCAGCCGGCAGCGGAGCAGGCGGCAUUCCCCUUGAGGAGGAUCAAAUCAAUAUUAGCGAUUCAAUUGUUGCAGCGGCCAUAACGCUGCAACAACAGAACGGCGGCAAUCUGCUGGCCAAUACCAACACACCAUCGCCAUCGCCGCCGUUGCUGAGCGCCGAGCAGCAGCAACAGUUGCAGAGCACUCUACAGAACGGUGCGGCGGCGGCGGCAGUGGCAGCGGGUGGCGGCGGUGCUUGUCUAAAUCCAAAGUUGUUUUUCAAUCACGCCCAACAAAUGAUGAUGGAAGCGGCAGCGGCUGCCGCAGCAGCAGCAGCAGCGGCGGCGGCUGUCCAACAGCAACAGCAAUCGCCGUUACAUUCACCGGCAGCGGAUGCCACAACAGCAGCAGCUGGUGUAUCUAGCAUUACACCAACAGCAACAACAACAGCAGCAACAACAACAACAACAUCAUCAGCAACAGCACCAGCAACAGCAACAGCAACAUCAGCAACAGAUGAUGCACGAUCGAUUGGUGGAGAAACAAAAACUUCACACAACAGCAGCAACACCCACAAUAAUAAUAAUAAUAAUAAUGAAGAUGAUGCUGAAGACGAUGAUGAUGAUGCUGAUGACGAUGAGGAGGAGGAGGAGGAGAAUGCUUCAAUGCAAUCAAAUGCGGAUGAUAUGGAAUUGGAUCUACCACCAACAACAACACAAACACCAACGAAACAAGAGCUGGCAAGAACUGAACUGAAUGUUGCCAAUGCCACAGAUGUUGCUGAGGGCAAUGUUGCUGCUAGCAAAGAUGUUGCCGAUGGCAUUUUGGAUGCCAAUGCAACAGCACCAGAUGAGCACAAUGAUGAUGCCGAUGAGGAUGAGGAUGAUGAUAAUGAUGAUAAUGAUCAUGUGGAAGCUAGUUUAAAUGUUAGCAAUAAUCAUAAUAAUGAUAGCAAUAAUAGUAGUAGUCGACGGAACAAGAGCAGUAGCAGCAGCAGCAACAGCAACAUCGGCAACAAUGUUGCACCACAGCGUGAUAAUGAACAGCAACAGCAACAACAACAACAACAACAACAUGGUGUUAGCUUAACAGCUGACGACGAUGACUGUACCAAUAAUAAUACAAACACAAAUAACAAUAACAACAACAGCAACAGCAACAGCAAUGAGAAGCGCAACAAGAAGCGCAACAGCAACAGUAAUAGCAGCAGCAACAACAACAACAACAAUCAGCCAGCUGUUUUAUUAGCUGCCAAAGACAAAGAGAUUAAAGCACUUUUGGAUGAGUUGCAACGUUUGCGUGCCUUGGAACAAACUCAUCUUGUACAAAUCCAACGGCUCGAGGAACAUUUGGAAGUGAAACGUCAGCAUAUUAUGCGUUUGGAGGUUCGUCUCGAUAAGCAACAGAUCAAUGAGGCUUUGGCCGAGGCCACAGCACUCGCUGCAGCUGCUGUCAACAACAAUAAUAGUCAGAGCAGUGACAACAAUAAUGUAAACGCAACCGCAAUGACAACAACAACAACCAGAACAACAGCAGCAACAACCAGCGAAGUCCUGCCAGAAGAAGCAGAAGCAGCAGCCAGCAAUCUUUCACAUUCACAUCAUCAACAUCAACAACAACAACAACAACAACAUCUGCAAGCAGCGCCAACGGACAGCAGCAGCAUGGAUGACGACGACGAUGAUGAUAAUAAUGAGCGUCAUCAUCAUCAUCAUCGUGAUCAAAAUGAGGAUGAGAACGAGCACGAGAAUGAGGAUGAGCAUGAUCAGGACAUUGAGAUGGCUAAUGUUGCUGCCGAUGCCACUGCUGCGGCUCUCUCCUCGACCAAUUCAGACAAUGGCAAUGAGUUGAAAAUCAAAAAGGAACAGCACAGUCCACUGGAUCUCAAUGUGCUCAGUCCACAAUCGGCAAUUGCAGCAGCAGCCGCUGCCUGCGCCAAUGAUCCAAACAAAUUCCAGGCUCUGCUUUUGGAACGCACCAAAGCACUGGCCGCCCUUAAGAAUGGCGCUGUGGCUGUUGCAGCCGCUGUGGCAUCUGAUUCACAGCAGCAGCAGCAGCAGCAUCAUCAACUGCAGCUCCAUCACCAGCAACAGCACCACACCACAGCCAAGCAGCAACACCACCAGCAACACCACCAACAACAACAGCACAACAGCACAAGCAACAACAACAUCGAUCACCAUGGCCUCUCGGUGGCCCAUCAUGUCGGUCAUGUUGGACAUGUCGGACAUGUUGGCCAUCACGGCCAUUCCGCUCAGCUGUUGCAUCAGGCUGCAGCUGUCGCCGCCGCUGCCCAUCAAUUCGAUUCGAAUUCAUCCAGCUCCACCAGCACACCGAACAGCAGCACCGCCCAAUUGGCCGCCAGCAUAGCCAAUAUAGCCAAUGGCAGCAAGUCCCUGCUGCAGGCAGCCGCCGCCGCUGCUGCCGCCGAGGAUAACAACAAUAGUCUAACACCAAAUGCAAAUGCAGCGGCUGCUGCUGCCGCAAUGGCAGCGCAACAUGCUGCAGCAGCGGCCUUGGGGGCCCCAUCAUUUUUGCCUUUCCAAUUUGCCGCCGCCGCCGGACAGGAUGGUCGGGGGCAUUAUCGGUUCGCCGACUCGGAAUUGCAGUUGCCGCCAGGUGCAUCGAUGGCCGGCCGUUUGGGCGAAUCCCUGAUACCCAAGGGUGAUCCCAUGGAGGCCAAAUUGCAGGAGAUGCUACGCUAUAAUAUGGACAAAUAUGCCAAUCAGGCAUUGGACACAUUGCAUAUAUCGCGGCGAGUGCGCGAAUUGCUGUCGGUGCAUAAUAUCGGUCAGCGUCUGUUUGCCAAAUACAUAUUGGGCUUGUCGCAGGGCACCGUAUCGGAAUUGCUGAGCAAACCGAAACCCUGGGAUAAGCUAACCGAAAAGGGCAGAGACAGUUAUCGCAAAAUGCAUGCCUGGGCCUGUGAUGACAAUGCGGUUAUGUUGCUUAAGUCGCUGAUACCCAAGAAAGAUUCUGGUCUCCCUCAAUAUGCUGGACGCGGAGCUGGCGGUUCGGGCGGUGAUGAUUCGAUGACCGAUGAACGUAUCGUUCACAUACUUAGCGAAGCCUCAUCAAUGUUCAAGAAUAGUGCGGCAGCUGCCCAGCAGCAACAGCAGCACCAGCACCAGGAACAGCAACAACGUCGUCAUGAUGAUACACAAAUCAGCAAUGAGGAUAGCAAAUCUCCACCUCAGAGUUGUACUUCACCAUUCUUCAAAGUUGAGCAGCAAUUGAAGCAGCAGCAGCAACAACAGCAGCAACAGCCACAGGCUCAGCAUUUGGAUCAUCGUGAUCCACGUGAGGCGGCCGCUGCAGUUGCAGCAGCCCAGCAACAGCAACGUGAACAGCAACGUGAAGCCGCUGCCCAAAGGGAACAGCAGCAACGUUUGCGUCACGAUGACUUGACCCAAGACAAGGUGGCGCGUCUAUAUCAAGAGUUAAUUGCACGAACUCCACGUGAGGCCGCAUUUCCAGGCUUUCUGGUACCAUCAUUAUUUGGCAGUGCUGCCAAUAUGCCCGGUGCAGCGAAUGCCUUUCCGGGAGCCAAUGCUUUCCCAUCGGCCAUGGCAGCCGAUGAGAAUAUGCGACAUGCUUUCGAGCGUGAAAUAGCCAAAUUGCAGCAACAAUAUCAACAGCAACAGCAACAACAGCAGCAGCAACAACAACAGGCAGCAGCCGGUUUUCCCACAUUCUCCAGCCUGAUGGCUCUGCAGGUAUUAAAUGGCGCCCAGGACUUGUCAUUGGCCGGCAAGGAGAUCAAAUUGAAUGGACAACGCUCACUGGAUCACAGCAGCAGCAGCAGCUCCAAAGACGGUGAUCGUGAUGAAAGCUUCCAGUCGAUGCAUGGUCGCAAAUCUGAAGGUGGCUCAACCCCAGCCCCAUUAGCUGCAGCACCAACAUCGGGCAAUUCAUCUGGUGCUGGUGUCGGCCCCCAAGGACCAGGACCAGCAGGACCAGGUGGGGCAACCAGCGGCAAUGCCAGCAACUCAUCAGCCCCCAGUCCAUUGAGCAAUUCCAUAUUGCCACCCGCCCUGAGCAGUCAGAAUGAGGAGUUUGCGGCCACGGCCAGUCCAUUGCAGAGAAUGGCAUCGAUAACGAACUCGUUGAUCACCCAACCGCCGGUCACACCGCAUCACAGUCAACCCCAACGACCCACCAAGGCGGUGCUGCCGCCCAUAACCCAACAGCAAUUCGAUAUGUUCAACAAUCUCAAUACCGAGGAUAUAGUGCGUCGCGUGAAGGAGGCUCUGUCCCAGUAUAGCAUCUCGCAGCGUCUGUUCGGUGAGUCCGUGUUGGGUCUGUCGCAGGGAUCCGUUUCGGAUCUGUUGGCCCGACCCAAGCCCUGGCACAUGCUGACCCAGAAGGGUCGUGAGCCCUUCAUACGCAUGAAAAUGUUCUUGGAGGACGAGAAUGCUGUCCACAAGCUGGUGGCCAGCCAAUACAAGAUUGCCCCCGAGAAACUAAUGCGCACCGGCAGCUACAGUGGCAGUCCUCAGAUCACUCCCGGAUUGGCCAGCAAAAUGCAAGCAGCCGCCCUGCCCAUGCAGAAGAUGAUGAACGAACUGAAGCUGCAGGAGCCGGCCCAGGCCCAGCAUAUAAUGCAGCAAAUGCAGGCGGCUGCCAUGUCGGCGGCCAUGCAGCAGCAACAGGCCGUUGCUGUGGCCCAGCAGCAGCAGCAUCAGUCCCAUCAGCAGCACCAGCAACAUCAGCACCAGGUGGCCCAAGCUGCCCAGGCGGCGCUGCAGCAGCAUCAUCAGAAUAUGCUGCUCACCUCGCCUGGCUUGCCGCCGCAACAUGCCAUCAGUUUGCCCGCCAAUCCCGGCCAGGUGAGUGCCGGCAGCACACCGAAUUCCUCAUCGACGGCCGAGGAGAAGAAACCGAUGCUGAUGCCCGUCCAUGGUGGGGCCCAUCCGCCCAAUGCCAUGCGUAGCCUGCAUCAGCAUAUGUCGCCCACCGUAUAUGAGAUGGCUGCUCUGACCCAAGAUCUGGACACUCACGACAUAACCACCAAGAUCAAGGAGGCUCUGCUUGCCAACAACAUUGGCCAGAAGAUCUUUGGCGAGGCCGUUCUGGGCCUGUCCCAGGGCUCAGUAUCAGAAUUGCUAAGCAAACCGAAGCCCUGGCAUAUGCUUUCGAUCAAGGGACGCGAACCCUUCAUCCGCAUGCAACUGUGGCUGAGCGAUGCCAACAAUGUGGAGCGACUGCAGCUGCUGAAGAACGAGCGACGCGAGGCCAGCAAACGGCGCCGUAGCACGGGACCCAAUCAGCAGGACAAUAGCAGCGAUACCUCCAGCAAUGACACCAAUGACUUCUAUACAAGCUCACCGGGACCCGGUUCGGUUGGUUCGUCGGUGGGCGGGGCUCCGCCCAGCAAGAAGCAGCGCGUUCUCUUCUCCGAGGAGCAGAAGGAGGCACUGCGAUUGGCAUUCGCCUUGGAUCCGUAUCCCAAUGUUGGCACCAUUGAAUUCCUGGCCAAUGAGCUUAACUUGGCCACCAGAACCAUAACCAAUUGGUUCCACAAUCAUCGCAUGCGUCUCAAGCAGCAAGUGCCGCACGGCCAGCCGGGUCAGCAGGAUAAUCCGAUACCGAGUCGUGAGAACACCAAUGCCACACCCUUUGAUCCCGUCCAGUUCCGCAUCUUGCUGCAGCAGCGACUCGUCGAGUUGCACAAAGAGCGCAUGGGCCUGGGCGGUGCGCCCAUUCCGUAUCCGCCGUAUUUCGCUGCAGCCGCCCUUCUGGGACGCAGUUUGGCCGGCAUUCCGGGAGCUGCUGCCGCUGCUGGUGUAGCAGCCGCAGCUGCUGCCGCUGUCGGCUCCGCCGGCGGCGAUGAAUUGCAGGCCCUGAAUCAGGCAUUCAAGGAGCAAAUGAGCGGACUGGAUCUCUCGAUGCCCACACUGAAGCGAGAGCGCAGCGACGACUAUCAAGAUGACAUGGAAUUGAUGGAGGCCGGAAGUCGUCAUAAUAUGAGUGAUAACGAAUCUGUCGAAGGUGGCCCAAACGAUCAUGAGGGCGGCAACGAUGGCAAAUCCCUUGCCUCCGACUAUGAGAAGGCCCUGGCCAAAUCGGCCAUGGUCUCGGCAGCGGCAGCCGCCUACAUGAGCAAUGUGGUACGCAGCUCCAGACGCAAGCCAGCCGCCCCGCAAUGGGUCAACCCAGCCGGCACUACGCCCAACUCCACUCCAGUGGUCGGAGGAGCCAGCGACAACGAGAGGAUCAUCAAUGGGGUUUGUGUAAUGCAGCCAUCCGACUACAAUCGCAACGAUGGUGAAUCUGAGAGCAAAUCGAUCGAAGGAUCCAAUCAAGGUGAGGCAGAGCCCGAAAUCGAUCAUCGUUUCAUGGAGCCCGAAGUGCACAUCAAGCAAGAGGACGACGAGGACGAUGACCACCCACAGCAGCAGCCGCAGCAGCAGCAGAUCCAUUCAGAGGUGGCAGCAGCAGCAUUGGCAGCCGCCGAGGCGGCCGAGCAGCAACUGAAGGUCAUCAAUGAGGAGAAACUGCGUAUGGUCCGUGUCCGUCGAUUGAGCAGCACCAGCAACAGUCGAGCCGAUCAGUCCGAGGAGACUUGUACAACGGCUGCUGCCGCUGCCGCUGCCGCCUCCGCUGGUGGUGCCACGCCCACGCCAGCAGCCCCCGCCUGGAACUACUAAAGAUAAAGAUUCGUAAACGAAACAGUGCAAUGUGAAGCAGCAUAUUUAAGUGUGAUUAAUCGUAUGUUCUAUAUACUUAUA